AUGGAUUUUGUUAAUUGGAUCAAAUAUACAAAUAAUAACAUUAUCUUAAAUCCAAACUUAGUCAUAAAAGAUACAGGUUAUGGGGGAUUAGGUGUUUUUUAUCAAAAUAAUAAUUCUUGUACUACCACUUCCAUAAAUACACAUACCAACAACAAUGCUAAUAUCGAGUUGAUGAGAAUUCCUAAAAAGUUCACUUUUUCCUUGGACACUUUAAAACCCUAUGUGAAUGAGUUACCCUUUAUUAAAGGUGCCUUGAUGCAAUUGAAUAUAGAUGCAGAGUUUAAUUUUGUUAAUAAAUAUCUCUCGGAAACAACUUUAUUGGUAUAUUAUAUGUGUUUAUUUUUCAGUAUGAGCAAAUUGGGCCAUCAAGAUUUGCCACAGUUUCUAAUAAGAUAUAUAAAACAAGUUUUAUUAAAAACUAAUAUUUGCAAACCAAUAAUGUACGAGGAUGAAGAAGAUUUAGAGGAUUAUUGGAAUCUAUCGUAUUCUGCUCAAAAAAGACUCUCAAAAGAAUAUGGAUUUGUUACGCAAUUAUACACUUUUUUAACUGAGAGCUUGAAUCUAUCCAUUGAAUUGGAUGAAUGUAAACAGAUUUAUGCCGCUGUUACAAGCAGAGUCCUGGAAAUCCCAGAAGAAGUCAACCGAAAUAACGAUGAUUUUACAAUAAAUACUACAUUAGUCCCCAUGCUAGACUUUGUUAAUCAUGACAAUGAUCAAAAAAAUGCUUAUUUUGAUGUAGAUAGAAACACAAAUGAUGUUUUAUUGCUUUUAGAAAAUAAAAAUCAACAAGAAUCUGUUUUUGAGAUAUUUAUUAGUUACGAUCCAGUGGAGGAAUUGGCAAAAUUUGAUUUUACUUAUGGUUUUAUUCCAAAAAAUUUACAUCAUGAGCAAAUUUUUAAAUUAGAAUUAUCACCUUCGUUAGUACCCAAAGAACAUAGAAUUUUAUAUAAAUGGUUUAAGAUCCCAUUAUAUGUUAACUUAAAGGUAUUGCCAUAUUCAACAUCACCAAUUCCUAUCGUUGAAAUUGAAGACAGUGAUCAACUGGUUUUAUUAUCUUUGCCCUAUGUUAAUGAUUUAAUUUAUGAUACUGAAUUAGAAGAAAAACUGAUAAAGGACUUGAAUACUUUGAAACAUCCAAAUCCUAGAGUAUACGCACUAACAGUUAUUGAUAUAAUGGAAGCUGGUAAUACCGAUGAGAAUGAAGAAGACGCAUUGUUGAAUUAUAUCGAUUUCCCUCAGUUAAGAUAUUCGUAUGAAGAUAGUACUGGAAGGAAUAAUAAAUUGGAAAAGCAAGACGUUUUGAAUCUUGUUAACGUAUGUGCAGAGAUUAAAAAAAAAUUUAUUAAUGAUUUUUUACUAAAAUAUUGUAAAAAAAGACUAGAAUACUUGGAAAAUGAGGUUGAUACUAAAAAUAUUGCAAUUGCUAAUUUGGAAAUGGAUAUUUUAAAAAGUUUGACAAUGAACAACAGUACUGCUAAGAUGGAUUAUAUUCAAGACUAUUAUUGUUCAUCAUCCUCGACAAACAGCGAGAAUGAAGAUUAUACUGUGGAAACGUACGGUAAGAGCCAACAUGAUAAAUUAGAGGAUUGGGUAAAAGAACAUAAUGAUAGUUGGAUAUGGAAGAACAUUCCACCUGUGUAA